AUGACCGGACACGUGGCGUAUUCUUGGGCGAUGGAGUUCAACUUGUGGGCGCAUCUUGCUUUUAUGCUUGUGAUUCUCAAGAUCAUUGUUGCUCCGAUGGUGGUGGAACUGGAACAGAUGAGAAAAGUACGAGAAGAGUGUGACGUGCAGCUGCUCGUGGACUACGAGAUCGCAAUGGAUGACGAAGAUGGAGGUCGUGAGAGAAGAGAAGAAACUCGUCGUGUAAACGAUCGUUUCUUUCUUGCAGUUUCGCUCGCCAUUUUCACCGGAAUCUGCAAACGAGCUUCUGGUUUCGACGGUUCAUAUCUAACGGAGACGACGAAGAACGGACACGUGGCGUUAUACUGUGCAUCAGAGCUGAACAAGAUGGCCGAUAUGUGCUUUAUGGUGGUGAUUAUCAGAAUCGGUUUAUCGAUGCUUGGACUCACGUUUGCGCCGGUGGUGAUGCGUAGACUACGAGAAGAGACGGACAUGAAACUUACGUUGGGUUCUAUCUGCCUAGCGAUUUCGCUCUGCUUCUCCGCUUAUCUUCGGUUCUUCGUCGUCGGAUGA